AUGAUGGACACAUCACGCAUUGCUCACUUGUUUUUACAAUAUUUACCAGACUUUUUUAAAAAGAAAUUGUCUCACAAAGAAAAUCAUUUUGAACAGAAUUUUCCAAGUCAAUAUUCAUUAUUUGCAUCUAUGACAAAUAUUCAUAGUAAUGAAGAAAAUCCUAUCUAUGAUGAUGAAGGUUGUUUAUUAUUGAUGGAAACCAGUCAAUCAAAUCUUUCUUUAUUUAAUGUUAGUUGUGAUUCACUUGUUUUUAUUGAAAAUCAAGAUUUUAAUCAACAAUCAAGACAACCAUCGAAUACAAUUAAACAUUAUAAUAGUUCGAUAGACAUUCAUGUAGAUAUUAAAAAAUCUUCAAAUCGUUCAACGAUGAUUCUUUGCGAUGAGAUGAUUUCUUCCGAAACAAAAACUCUACAACGAUGGAAAGGGCUUGAACUGUUGAAUACAUGUGCUUGA